AAGACUGCGACGAUCUAACUUUUGGUCCAUGCUGGCUAAAUGGUGGCUUCCCUCUUUCUCUGGCUCCUGCAUUUUGUGCAUGCCUCGCUAGUGUUUCUGACAACUAAGUUUCGAAAACGCCGAUAUUUACCUCCUCAAUCCUUAACCGCGUACCGCAGCAAGCUACCAAAACACUUGGCAAUCAUUCUGGUCUCCCAUGACGCGGCGAAUCCAAAGCACACGGAAGAACUGUAUUUGGAGUGCUUAGUUAGGGUUGUUAAAUGGUGCAAAGCGUUAGGUAUAGAGCAGCUUACCGCAUAUGAUGCUGAGGGUACACUGUUGGGGUGCUCUGACAUUGUCAAGGAACGCCUAACACAUCAUGAUGAUCUGCCCACCGACGAGAGUGAAUCAGAAGUCGAGUAUCCGUUGACCCCUCCACUAUCCGAGGCCUCAGAUUCAAGAAGCCAUUCGCCCGACUUGGGAGAUUUUCCCGUACAACUCAACGUUACAACAGUAUGUUCCUUCAGGAAAGGCGCUUCGCAUCAUAGGCCAAGAGAAGUUGCCGUUCGCCGACGAGCGCACCACAAGCACUCUCAUAAUCCUUUGACACUCCAUAUAAUUUCACGCAGUGCUUCAAAGGCUGCCAUUGCAUCUGCUGCACGCUUCCUUUCAGAUGAAGAAGUUUGCAGGCGCCAGAACAGUCAGGACCUGGACCACGUCAAGGCAUACGAACUUCCCAUCUCUGAAUUGAACUCGAUAUUAGAAGGAGGUCUACCAUCACCGGACUUCAUGAUUGUCCAUGAUGUCCAUCUGCAGGACCCCCCGCCUCCUCUCGAACUACACGGUUUCCCUCCAUGGCAGAUGGCGUUAACAGAAAUCCACCGGACUAUUGCUCAUGACGUCGCUCCAAACAAUCCAAUGGCAAGCUUAAUCACUGAGGAAGCGUUCUGUCGUGCCUUAGACGAGUACGCCGGCGCUCAGUUUCGAUUGGGGAGGUAAUUUCAUCCUGACAGUAGCCUCUUUUGGUUGUACAUGCCCUGACUACUAUGUCCGGCAUUCGGACGUUCAUCGCCUGACUGGGUACAGCAUGUACAUUAAAUUUUGAGCAUCCUAGCAAAGGCACAAGCAUGUUGGUACCGACUUCCGAGCUAUUAGAGGAUACUUUAAAUUAUUAUUCAUUCUAAUUAGAGAUUGAGAGCGGUUCUCUUCAAA